UCAUUGAUAUGUGGUAAUUAAAGAAAUAUUCUCUUAAUAAUGACAAUUAUCAAGAGAUUCGGUAAAUAAUAAUUCUGCGUUGUAUAAAUAAAGUGGAGAAUUGUAUGAUGAAUCAUAAUAAAAUCUACUCUCAAGAUGAUGGAAAAAAUAGCAGUAUAAUUAAGAUUUUUUGCAUUGAUUUGGCCAAUUAUAGCGAGAGAACGAGAUUCAUUUGGUGUUCUGCAGGCGUCUUUUUUUUCUACAUUCUCUACGGAUAUCUUCAGGAGUUAAUAUUCACAUUAGAUGGAUUUCGAUCUUACGGAUGGUUCCUCACUCUUAUACAAUUUGCCUACUAUACAUUAUUCGGUUGGCUCGAAUGCAAAUUAAAAGGAGUUAAACGAAGAAUUCCACUAUCAACCUACAUGAUGCUAGCCUUGCUGACAUUGGGCACAAUGGGUUUCUCCAAUUCAUCGUUAGGCUAUUUGAACUAUCCUACACAAGUGAUUUUCAAGAGUUGUAAACUCAUUCCUGUACUAAUAGGAGGAAUUAUAAUUCAGGGGAAAAAAUAUGGACCUUUGGAUUUUAUAGCUGCAGGAUUGCUUUGCAUUGGACUUGUUUUGUUUACCCUGACGGAUAGCAUGGUUUCACCUCGUUUUAAUAUUAUUGGUGUGGCGAUAAUUAUAUGUGCCCUCUUGUGUGACUCCGUUAUUGGAAAUGUACAGGAGAAAACUAUGAAGCAGCAUAAAGCAACUAAUACUGAAGUUGUACUAUAUUCUUAUGGUUUGGGAUUUUUAUACUUAUUUAUUAUUUUAAUGGUCACUGGUGAAUUACAUAAAGGUGCAACAUUUUCUUCCAAUCAUCCCAUGGAAACUUAUGGUUAUGCCCUCUUGUUCUCACUGAGCGGAUACCUAGGGAUUCAAAUAGUACUAACACUUGUUCAAACGCAUGGAGCAUUCGUCGCAGCGACAGUGACAACUUGCAGAAAAGCCGUCACAAUUCUAAUAAGUUUUUUAUUCUUUUACAAACCGUUUACCAUGCAGUAUAUUUGGUCAGGUAUGCUGGUUCUCUUGGGACUUUACCUUAACAUCUACAGCAAGCAAUAUGGAAGUAAAAUCAAGAUUAAAUCCUUGGUUGUGUUCAUUCAGCAAUGUUGUUUAAGACAUAAUAGGAUCCAACAGCAAUUAAUGACAAACGUAUGAUUCUUACAAUAAAUAAAUGUUACACUAGAGAUUUA